AUGUGUUCUUUCCUUUGGGUGACUCUCUGCAGACUUCGGACUCACCAGUGGUGUUUCAUCCUGUUUAAUGUUAUUCUGUUUCAUGCCUUGCUUUUUGGGGCUGAUUUUGUGGAAGAAUAUUUUCUGCAUGCUUUGCCUUAUGUAGAUAUGAAAAUUCUUGAAACUAAGGAUAAGGCAAGAAAAUUGAGCACGGAGCCCUUGAGAAGCAAUCUUUCCAAAUGCUAUAUCCUGAGCCAGUCAGAGGUGUGUAAAGGGAAGAGCGUAUUUUUGCUCUCCCUUAUAUUCAGUAGCCCAGAAAAUGGAACAAGGCGGGAUCUCAUCAGGAAAACCUGGGGUAACGUGACCAGUGUCCGAGGGCACCCACUCACACUAAUUGCUUUGGGAAUGCCUGUUUUGGUAACCACUCAGCAAGAGAGAGAGUCCCAAAAGAAUAAUGACAUAAUUGAAGGCAUCUUCUUGGACAGUGCUGAGAACCAGACGCUGAAGAUUAUCGCCAUGACGCAGUGGGCUGUGGCUUUCUGCCCUAAUGCCCUAUUUGUCCUGAAGGUUGAUGAAGGGAUGUUUGUCAAUAUACCAAGCUUGGUGGACUAUCUUCUCAAUCUGAAAGAACACCUUAAAGAUAUCUAUGUUGGAAGAGUUAUCCAUCAGGAUACGCCCAACAGAGACCCUAAUAGCCAAGAAUUUGUCCCUUUCAGUGAGUACCCAGAAAAGUACUACCCAGAUUACUGCAGCAGGGAGGCCUUUGUUAUAUCCCAAGAUGUGGCUCGGAUGAUGUAUGUAGUUUUCAAUGAAGUACCCAUUAAAGUGCCUGCUGAUGUGUUCGUAGGAAUCUGUGCUAAGUCCAUUGGCCUUAUACCCAUCCACAGUUCAAGGUUUUCUGGGAAAAGGCACAUCAGAUACAACAGAUGUUGCUAUAAGUUCAUUUUCACAUCCUCAGAAACUACAGAUACUGAAAUGCCCCAGGCAUGGGAGGAAAUUAACAGUGGAAAAGAAUGUACGCUGCUUGAAACCUAUUACGGGCUUGUUUCCUGCAAACUUCUGACGUAUCUUGACAGCUUUAAACGCUUUCACAUGGGUACCGUAAAAAAUAAUGCCAUGUCUUAUGAUGAUUAG